ACCCGUAGGUUUCCAGGAUUACGAUUCGCCCUAAUUAUGAUUUUGGGAUCCCAUCGACAUAUAUAAAACUUGAUGGCUAUGUGUUUUCAUUCAGAUGCGUGGUUUGUGCCUGAAGUAUGUUGUUUUUGAAAGUAUUGCUGCUGGUUAUAGCUGCAAGGAACGUUAAUGCCGGAUUUUGCACGCAGCCAUACACGUGUACAAAAACAUGUUCCACAAAGGUAGUGAGCUACUCUAAAUGCGGUUUGUUUUGGUUGGGUAGAUGUACCAGACACAGUGUGGUUUACGCAGUCUGUGACGGUACGUGUUACAAGCAGGGGUGUUGUCCUGGAUACACUGGAAGCAGCUGUGACACACCACAAUGCUUUGGAUCAACCAACUGUUCGAAUGGUGGCACAUGCCUGUCCCCAGACAAUUGUUUGUGUCCUGCAGGAUUUUCUACACCAAUCUGUACAGAUAGCGAUGAAUGCUUUGACAAUACACAUGGAUGUCAACACAUGUGCGUGAACACACACGGAUCUUACAAUUGUACGUGCAGAAAUGGAUUUAGACUCGAAACAGAUCUCAAAUCAUGCCUUGAUAUUAACGAAUGCAAAAAUGAAAAUGGCCAAUGUACACAACUGUGUAACAAUGUAGAUGGGUCCCACAAUUGUUCCUGCCUAGAUGGAUUUUACUUACAAGAUGACAGGAAAUCGUGCUCUGACAUCAACGAAUGUGAGACUGACAACGGUGGAUGCGACCACAUUUGCUUAAAUACAGAAGGGUCACACACCUGUUCCUGCACACCUGGAUUUGAUUUACGAGAUGACGGGAAAUCGUGCUCUGACAUCAACGAAUGUGAGACUGACAACGGUGGAUGCGACCACAUUUGCACAAAUACAGAAGGGUCACACACUUGUUCCUGCAAAACUGGUUUCAUUUUACAAAACGACACGAGAUCGUGCUUUGACAUCAACGAAUGUGAGACAAACAAUGGUACAUGCGAUCACAUUUGCACAAAUACAGAAGGGUUAUAUGUUUGUUCCUGCCAAACAGGUUUCGUUUUACAAGAUGACGGGAAAUCAUGCUCUGAUAUCAACGAAUGUGAGAUAAACAAUGGUGGCUGCGGUCACAUUUGCAGAAAUACAGAAGGGUCGCACACCUGUUCCUGCAAAAUUGGUUUUAUUUUACAAGAUGACAGGAGUAAUUGCUCUGACAUUGAUGAGUGUGCGACAAAUAACGGUGGCUGCGAUCACAUUUGCACAAAUACAGAAGGGUCACACACCUGCUCCUGCACACCUGGAUUUUAUUUACGAGAUGACGAGAAAUUUUGCUCUGAUAUCAACGAAUGUGAGAGAAACAACGGUGGCUGCGAUCGCAUUUGCACAAAUACAGAAGGGUCACACACCUGUUCCUGUACACCUGGAUUUUAUUUACAAGAUGACGGAAAAUCGUGCUCUGAUGUCAACGAAUGUGAGAUAAACAACGGUGGCUGCGAUCACAUUUGCACAAAUACAGAAGGGUCACACACCUGUUCCUGCAAAAUUGGUUUUAUUUUACAAGAUGACAGGAGUUUAGAAGAAGACAGAAAAUCGUGCUCUGAUAUCGACGAAUGUGAGACAAACAAUAGCUGCGAUCACAUUUGCACCAAUACAGAAGGAUCACACACCUGUUCCUGCCGAGCUGGUUUCGUUUUACAAGGAAAUGGGAAAGCAUGCACUGACACCAACGAAUGUGAGGCAGACACUAGUCCUUGUGAACAGAAAUGCACAAAUACAGAAGCGUCAUUUCAGUGUUACUGUAAUGAAGGGUAUCAGCUACAAGCGGAUGGUGUAUCCUGCAUCGACCAAAAUGAAUGCGAGCCACGCAACCUAUGUGAACACAUUUGUCAUAAUCUGAGAGGAUCAUAUACAUGCAUCUGCCUUCCUGGACACAUACAAACAUCAGAUUUAGAUGAAUGCUUAGAUGUUCGCCAUCAAUCUGUGUCGAUAACGGUUGAGCUCGAUAUUACAGAGACAAUAGAUAUUUCAGAUUAUAUAGUGUACAAGAAGGAGCGAAAUAAUGUAAAGGAAACGCUGCGACUUUACUUGAGAGAAUAUAUGGAUGCAGUACCCUAUGUAUUUGUUAACAACAUCAGUGAUGGUGUUAUCGCUAUUUACACUAUUUAUUACAAAAAUGAAACAGAUGUGGACAGCGCAGACAACAUCGUGAAGGCAAUAAUAGAAUUAGCCAUGGGCCGUACCUUAUCGUUUAAUGGAAAAAUGGUUCAAGCGAAAUUGCUAUUACCAGGAAACCUCACUGAUCAGUGUGAAAUACGUAAAGUUCUGCUCGGUCCAUGCGAAGAUGGUUUUCGUUGUGAAGCAGAAAAUGACGGGCCUCAUUGUCGGAAACUGUCCUCUGAUUCAAGCACCGAUGAUAACACAGUACAUAUGUAUGUAGUAAUUAUAAUUGGAGUUGUUGCGUUAAUAGCUGUGCUUGCGUGUGCUAUUUCAAUUUGCAGUUUCUUGAGGAUACACAGGAUAUCUAAAAAUAAAAUGUUGUUGUUGUCGAACGAUCUGGAGGCAUGCCGCUUUAAGAUGGUUAAUGUAUUUAGUUUAAUGUCAUAAUAUGAGCAACAAUAAUGAUCCAACUGGGAGAUUAUAAGAAUAUUGCACUUGUUUAAGGUACGUGUUCAGACAGUAACGAGGCUCUGUCAAGUUAACCGAGAGCGAGAUAUUUCCAUCCGCACCUUUAUUGAUAGAUUCUUUUUCUUGCAUGUCCUAUUCCUUAAUUGAAGAAGGAUUAAAGAAAGACGAAUGUUUUUUUUUUUUUUAAACUUUUUUUUUUAUUAUAGUAGCGUAUGAGUUUAGGCAUUCACACAUAAAUUACAGCUCGUGAGUCAUUUCAUUAAAACAGGUUAUGACCAAACUGUUUUGCGCCACACCGCAUGUUUGGUGUUCAGCCCUUUUACAGUUGGACGCUACACUUUCCUCUUUGUGUCUGACGGAACAGGUGGAGGACUCUAUGAUAGGUAGUUCUUAAAUCCCACCAGGACUGAGCUAUUUUGAUUUCUUCUUCUGGCCUGUUUCGUCGGGCCCU